AUGUACUGGACCCUCCACUUCAUAGUGACUCGUCUCCCUGACUCUCUUCGCUCAGUCAGGGACCACUUUCUCGCUCGCUGUCCCACUGACCUCACUGUCGACCUCCUCGAGAAGGAGCACCUCCUUGCAGCAGAAAAGAGCAUUGUCGCUGUAGGUGCUGCUCGUGGCGUUCCUCACACCCCCAUCUUUGAGGGGUGCUCUCCCUCUCCCCUCGCCCCCUCCUUCGCUACUGCCGCUGCUUUUGACUUCCUUGGUGCUGAGUCUGUUGGUGCUGCUUCUGCUCCUAGUGGGAGGCGCCGCAGCGGCAAGGGCAAGGGAGCCAAGGGUAGCGGAGGUGGCACCGGGGGGGGGGGGGUGGUGGUGGAGGCGGUGGAGGAGGAGGAGGAGGCGGGGGGAGUGGUGGCGGGAGUGCUGGAGGGAGUGGUAGCGUCGGUAGCGGCGGUGGAGGCGGUGGCAGCGGAGGUGGCGGCGGCGGUGGCGGUCGGAGUGGAGGCGCUGGCGCUGGCCAGAGACAGCAGCAGCAGCAGCGUCCCCGUGAGGCUCUUACACCCCAGCAGCUUCACGUGCAACAAGUUUCACACCCAGCACCGCUGCUUCUCCCGCCUUGACGACGCCUGGCGUGAGGAGAUGGGCGAGGAGGUUGAGCGCCCCCGCUGGCAUGAGCUGCUUAGGGCUGGUGUAGACAUCUUUGCUCUUGACUAUGAUGCUAUCCUCACUGAACGAAAUUAUUGUCCACAUGCUCAUAUUUUAAGACCUGAAUGUGCAUUAGUAGCUAUUGUGUUUAAGCCUGCGGUCCUUAACAUUUUUCUCGGAUAG